GAAGUUUGAAAAAGAAAAUCUAUUCCAAGCCACAAAAACUUGUGGCUAAUAAUCAAAACUCAAUGCUGACGUGGCAAACUGCUUUUGGUUUAAACGAAUCAAAAUCCAAUUCGUCGUGCACUCAUUUCAUUGCAAAAAAAUUUCCUCGAAAAACCCGAAACACUUUCAGUAACAUAACGAACUUAAACCUUAACCGUCUCGCACCUUAACCGUCUCGCGCGUUUUUUUCAUUUUGUUUUUGUUUUAUUGUGCUCUGUUUGGAUCUAGAAAAAAUGAUUGAAAAUAAAGAUCCUGCAAUUAAGCUAUUUGGCAAGAAGAUUCUCUUUCCUGGGGAAGUUGAAGCUCUUGCUAUUGCUGAUGAUGAAAAUGUUUCGCCGCCGGCGGCUAUGGAUGUAGAAGAAGUGGAAGAGGGAGACUUUGGUGAAUCUGAUAAUGAGGAAGAAGAAGAAAUUGAGAAGGAUCAUGGAGCAGAAAAUGAUACUGAGAAAAAGAAAGAGGCUGAUCCUCCUCCAAAUGCUGAAGACACCAAGAACAACAACAAUUCAGCACCAACAACAUUAGCUGAGCCAAUUCAAAACCCAAAAACACCUUCAAUAGAUGAAGAAACUUCAAAAUCCGAAAACGAACAACAAAGCACAAACAACAAUGAAGACAAAACACUAAAAAAACCCGACAAAUUACUCCCGUGUCCACGCUGCAAUAGCAUGGACACGAAAUUCUGUUACUACAACAACUACAACAUUAAUCAACCGCGCUAUUUCUGCAAGGCGUGUCAAAGAUACUGGACCGCGGGUGGAACCAUGAGGAAUGUUCCGGUUGGUGCAGGGAGAAGAAAAAACAAGAACAAUUCAUCUUCACAUUAUCGCCACAUCACCAUCUCUGAGGCUCUUGAUGCAGCGAGAAUCAUUUCCCCGAACGGAACUCAUCAUCUUCAAAAUUUUAAAACCAAUGGUAGAGUCCUAAGCUUUGGAUUGGAUCAUCCACAAAUCUGUGAUUCAAUGUCAAAUGUUUUCAAUCCAUCAGAGAAAAAGGGUCUUAACAACACUCAAACUAAUGGCGACCAAUGCUCGAGCGCGUCUUCUAUUAAAGUUUCGAAAUCUAUAGAGGAAAGUGGUAGAAACAUGUCACAAGAAUCAUUACCACAACAAAAUAAUGGUUUCAUUCCUCAAGUUCCAUGUAUGACUAGUGUUCCUUGGCCUUAUCCUUGGAGUACCGGCGCAAUUCCCUCCCCGCAAACUUUGUAUCCUCCGGGAUUUCCCAUGUCAUUUUACCCUAAUCCUUUUUGGAACUGUGGUGUUCCGGGCAAUUGGAAUGUUCCUUUGUUUACAUCUCAUACUUCCGCGACAACUCCUAUGUCUCCGAACUCUAGUCCGAAAUCUCCAACACUCGGGAAGCAUUCGAGGGAUGAAGACAAAAACAUAGAUAAACAAGACAAUUUGCUAAAUGAUGAAUCACCAAAACAAAGAAAUGGGUGUGUUUUGGUUCCAAAAACAUUGAGAAUUGAUGAUCCAAAUGAAGCUGCAAAGAGUUCAAUAUGGGAAACACUUGGAAUUAAGAAUGAAGGUGUGAGUAGGGGAGGUAUGAUUAAAGCAUUUCAAUCAAAGAAUGAUGGUAAAAAACAUCAUGUUCAAACUUCUCCAAUGUUGUUGGCUAACCCUGCAGCUUUGGCUAGAUCACUUAAUUUUCAUGAAAACUCUUAAAUAAAAAAACCCUUUAGUGUAUUGUGUAUGAGAAUUGAGGUUAGUCACUUCAUCUGUUGAGACAGUGACCAUCUUUCUCAUCAAUGAUCAUUUGAUUUGAUUAGCCUUGUUUACCUUUGUAUGAAGUGAAGGUUGGGAGUCUCAGCACAAGAAAGGGGAACUAAUUUUGUGAUGUCUUUCUUUUUAUGUGACACUAUGACUAUGAAUAGGUGCUUUUUUUAUGUGCUUUAGUUUGUUGAAUGAGUUAAUGUACAUUUUUAUGUAUAUGUUAAAUUACUUGCUAGAUAUGAGAAAGAAAGAUCAUUGCUAUGUA